AUGAAAUUUACUAAUAAACUUAUUUUAGAUUUAACAAAUCAUGUUAAUUUUCUUGAAAAAAUAAGAAACCUGAAAGAUCUAGACUUUUUCCUUUCAGAACCGUGUCGACUAAAUACACUUUAUUGGAUUGUUAAUUCUUAUAAAAUUAUGGGUAUUGAUCCAGGAAUGAAAGAUAUAGUCGAUUUUGUUAAAAGUUGCAAGAAUGAAGAUGGUGGAUACGGUGGAUCUACUAACCAUCCAUCUACAAUAUUAACAACUUUUAAUGCCUUACAAAUUUUAUACAUUUAUAAAGAAAAUUUUUAUGACAAUAAAACUAUUAAUUUUAUAUUAAGUAACAUGAAUGAAGAUGGAUCUUUUAGAAAUGAUAGAUAUGGUAUGACAGAUAACAGAAUUAAUUGUAGUGCAGUGUUGUCUCUGCAUUUGUUGUACCUCAACAAAACUUUAAAUUUUGAAAGAUCAUCUCUUGCUGAACAGAUACCAUACAAAUAUUGUGAUUCAAUAGAAUUUGACUAUAAAAAGUGUAUAGAAUACAUAAUUUCAUGUUACAAUCCAGAUGGUGGUUUUGGUCUUGCCAAAGGCGACGAGUCGCAUUGUGCAUUUACAUUUUGUUGUAUUUCAAGUUUACGAUCACUAGGCAGUCUUCAAUAUACAAAUAUUAGGGAUAUUAGUCGAUUUAUUGCGCUCAGGCAAGAAAAAUCGGGAGGUUUAAGCGGAAGAAUUAAUAAAAAAGAGGAUGUAUGUUAUUCUUUUUGGGCGUAUGCAACCAUGAAAAUGAUUCAUAAAAAUCAUUUACUAAAUGAACAGAUGCUUAUUGAUUUUAUAUUAUCCUGUCAAGGAAAAAAUGGUGGAUUUUCUGAUCGCCCUAAAAAUGAGGCAGACCCUUAUCAUUUAAUGUUUUCACUUGCUGCAUUGUCAUUGCUUGGAUAUGAAGGUGUUGGUGAAGUUGAUCCUGGUUUUGCGAUCUAA